AUGUACUCUUCCGACAAAGAAUAUACUCCGAACUACUUGAGCCUCUACGCUUCUUUUCUUGAAGACGAAAACGUGGACAAAGAAAAUAUCCUUUCAGAUGACUCUAUCGGCACUUCAUCCAACAGUCAAGCCAAUGUGUCGAGCAGUCAAAUCAACAGGAACAAUUCUCGCAAACGCCGUAUGGGCACUGAAAGUUUUCCACCAGUUUCUUCCUUGCAGCCACAAACGAUACCCGCUUCUUCUACAUCUUCCACAGGGGCUUUAAAGCGAGUCUUGGAGGAGAACACUGUGUCGCUUGCGAAGUUAGGGAGAGUUGUACGACAGUUUGACAUCACUGUCGAAAAUGAGGAGUUGAAUAUGAUCGAAGUCAUGGAAAAGUGGCAGCGACCAAAACGUGCUCAUAAGCAGGACCAUUUCUUGUUAGUUCUCGACUUUUUGCGGCACUUCUUUUUACAUGCCUGCGAACCUCCAACGGAAAUUCAAAACUACGCCUGUAGGCAGAGCGGGAAGAAGGGGAAAUUUGAUCAUCUUAAAGACCUUCCAGAAGGAAUGGUCGAUUUCUUAAUAAGUUUCGUACUUGACGCUCUGGGCCUGUACCGCGAACUCCUGCGGACCCCAAAUGAACAUAAGCAAAAUGUGUUAAUCCCCUCCACAAAUCGCACUUCGAAAUUUUCCUUGUCAAAUUUGCUCUGUUUACCUGUGGGCAAUUGUUUUUUAGGGAUGACGUCCACAGAUGUUCUAUAUGAUCCAAAAAGGGAUCACCUUGAUACCAGCGAUUCGAAUCAACUUGUGGUAGUUCCAGGAAAGAAGCGGAAAAAGGUCGAUGAUGGACCUAUUCCCAAGAAAAAGGAUGCUACUGGUGGUAAGAAAAGCAAAAAUUACGCUAAAGAAAGAGAAAAACAGAAGAUGACAAAGAAGAUGAAGCGGCAGUUGGCAGCAGUACAGCAGAGAAAAGCAAAUAAAUUGACACAAGAGGAGCUUUUCGCCAGUUUGGCUGAAUACCAAGUGGAUACAAAAAAGCUGAAUCAACUCGGCUCAUCUACUCAUAUGCAAGAGAAAUUGAAAGGCGACGAUUCUUGCACCUUUCCCACUAGGAUUAAGUCAGUAUCGUCGAAAAUCAAGCUUCCCCCAACAAUCCACGAAAAAGAGCGUAAACAAGAAAACUACUACCCGACAGACGAUGAGAGUUCUGAAGAAGACAAGGAUGAAGGCGAUGAAAUCGAGGGCUGCCAAGCAUCCACUUCCACUUCUCAGCCAGAAAAUGAGGUACCAGCCGAAACGAAUGAAGUGGAGGACAGCAGCCACAAAGUUGAAGGAAGUGUAGAGAAACCUGCUACGUCAUCCGCUGACCAAAAUAAGACGAUUGUUACUGGCGAAACUGCAAAGCAACAAGAGCUAAGGGUCCCUCCAAAGGAAGUCAAAGUCGAAGCUGAGGAAGAGGUUUCGAAACCUGCCUUACCAGCGGUUCAGAGGAAACGGGUUUUGAUAGCUAGGGAUCCAAACAUAGAGGCUAAAAGAGCUCAGUUACCAAUCUACUCCGAAGAAGUACCAAUCAUGGAGACAAUAAACGAUAAUGUUGUGACUGUCAUCUGCGGUGAGACGGGCUCAGGAAAAACUACACAAAUUCCGCAAUUUCUGUAUGAAGCUGGAUAUGCUAACGACGGUCAGCUAAUUGGCAUAACGGAACCAAGACGUGUUGCAGCUAUGUCAAUGGCGCAGAGAAUUGGUGAGGAACUUAAUGCACCCGAUGAAGUCUCCUACCAGAUACGUUAUGAAGGAAAUCGCACCGAUAAGACCAGGAUAUUGUUUAUGACCGAUGGUGUGUUAAUGAAAGAAAUGGAGUCUGACAUAAUGCUGAAAAAAUACUCGGCGAUUCUCAUCGAUGAAGCGCAUGAAAGGUCCAUGUACAGCGAUGUUCUGAUAGGAAUGCUGAGUCGAAUAGCUCCACUGAGAGCCAAAACUGCUAACCCACUCAAGCUGAUCAUAAUGUCUGCCACUUUACGAUUGGAUGACUUCACGCACAAAAGGUUGUUCCCUAUAAUAGAACCUCAGGUCAUCAAUGUGGAAGCCAGGCAGUUUCCAGUAACCGUACACUUCGAAAAACGCACUCCAGCUGACUACAUGGUGGCGUCUUUCAGAAAGAUAUGCAGAAUCCAUGAAGCCUUACCUGAUGGUGCCAUACUGGUUUUUGUUAGCGGUCAACAAGAAGUCAAGCAACUAGUCAAGAAGUUGGUUGCACGCUAUCCUGUUCACUAUGAGAAAAGCAAAGAUGGGGAGCUCAUGGUAAGAGGAGGCAAAAAAUGGAAAAAGAAACGUUUGAAAGAGGUGCAAGAUCUGAAGCUGGAGGAUUUUAAAGAAAAUCGGGUUGAACAGCUUGAUGGUGAAGACUUUUUGGAAACCGGUGUAGGAGACACCAUGUGGGAUGAUUACGAGGAGGGAGAAGAGGACGAAGAUAGUCGCUUGGAAACCCCCAUGGCAGCUCCACCAAACGACUGCGCACCUCUCUACUGCUUGCCUUUGUACUCACUGUUAUCAUCAGAGAAGCAGAGACGAGUGUUUGAGCCGCCACCAGAAGGAGCCAGAAUGUGUGUAAUAGCGACGAAUGUGGCAGAAACGUCACUGACCAUACCCGGUGUAAAGUAUGUCGUGGAUACUGGCUUCGAGAAGAGGAGACUUUAUGAUCCAAUUACGGGUGUAUCCCAAUUUGUAGUAGCUCAUAUAAGUCAAGCAUCGGCUGAUCAGCGCGCUGGACGUGCUGGACGUAUUGCACCAGGUCAUGCAUACAGGCUCUACUCAUCUGCUGUUUUUGAGGAUUUCGAAAAGUUUUCUCGACCGGAAAUUCUAGAUAAGCCGGCAGAUCAACUUGUUCUUCACUUGAAGUCCAUGAAUAUUGUCAAGGUCGUCAACUUCCCAUUUCCCUCAGCGCCUGAUCCAGAGACGUUGGAAGCUGCUGAAUUGCGUUUGAUAAAGUUGGGUGCAUUGGCGAAAACAACGAAAGAAGGAAAGACUGAGGCGCGGAUCACGCCAUUAGGUCGCACAUUAUCGGUGUUUCCAUUGGCACCAGCUUACGCAAAAGUGAUAGCUAUGGCUAAUCAGCACAAUCUGAUGCCCUAUGCAAUUAUACUUAUAGCAGCGUUGUCAGUCCGAGAACCAAUGAUACCCAUUUCAUCUAUUCGAGGCGAGACUGACGAAGAGACGAAGGAAAAGAUGACGGAAGUGUUGAAAUUGAGGAGAAGCUGGUGUGGGAAGGGCCCCGGCCGACGCCUUGGUGAUCUUUUGGUUCUGAUGCGGGCUGUGAAUUGCAGUGAAGCAGAAAAGAUGAGUCCAGCGGCAUGUUCAAAGUUAGGUCUUAGGCAUAAAGCCAUGCUAGAAAUUCGUCGACUUCGAAGGCAACUAACCAACAUAGUAAACACAUCUUUCAAAGCGGCCGCUGAUGUCGUUUUUGACCCAAACCUUCCACCUCCAUCAGACACUCAAGCGCAAAUGUUGAGGCAAAUGAUGGUAGCUGGACUAGCUGAUCGCAUCGCUAAACGUGUGGAUCGGUCCGCUGGUGAUGAAGAAGUGCCGAAAGGAGCAUACCAAACAAUGAAAUUGCAGGAAUAUGUUUUCAUCGAUCCAUGCAGUGUGAUUUAUACUGAAGAGCCUGAUUACGUCAUUUAUCAAGAAAUUGUCCAACUUGGUGAUCGUAGAUGCAUGCAAAAUCUUAUGAUGGUGGAUCAUGAAUGGUUGACGCGGCUUGCAGAACCUUACUGUAAUUUUGCUCCUAUGGACAGAGAUCAGCUGCCCAGGUAUGACGCAGAAAAGGAUCAGAUAGUUAAGAGUGUUAGUGUAACUUUCGGGCCAUUAGAAUGGCAUCUUGAGCCUGUGGAUCGACCAGUGCCUAAUGAUAUCAUGUUGUACCGAUAUUUUGCACAAUUCCUAUUGGCUGGAGAGGUAAUGCCUCUACUGGCUGAAUAUGUGCCGAAAAUGCUAGCCCCUCCUACAACAAUGGUUAGGUCUUGGGCUAAGUUACAGAAGAGAACGGAGACUCUGCUCAAUGCUUUGAUUGAAAAGGAGGUUCACACAAAGGCUGAUCUGAUUGAAGCUUGGCACAAAGACGAGAAUUAUCUGCUAGAAGAAUAUCUGGAGUGGUUGCCGGAGUCUUUGCAUGGAACUAUCACAGUUAUGUGGCCUCCACUCGAGCAGAAAACAGCAAAGAUGGGUAGAAAUAAGAUUUAUAUCUAGAACUUCAGUUUAUUUUGUACAUAGUUUAGUAGCCUGUUUUGAUUUUUGUAGAACUGUGAUUCUAAUAAUGUCUAAAUUUUGCGAGCUGAAAAUACUGUUUGUUUUAUUUACUGUAAACCCCCUUUGUUGAAAUUUGUUGCUUGUUAUUGUUGUUGUUAUUUGUUAAAGAUUUCAGAACUUUCUAUAUUUAUAGAGGAGAUGGGUUGUUUCC